AUGUCGGCUUUAGUGGAACAGUUUGUUGGUCUAGAAAGUGAAAAUAUAAUUAAUGGUGCUCUUGCAAGAAGAAAACAGUUUCCAUACAUCGUUUGGAUAGGAAUUGGCUACAACAAAGAAAAAGUGCGAGUAUGUGGUGGUACAUUGAUCGCUCCUGACAUCGUCCUAACAGCAGCUCACUGCGUUUAUGAUAUAGAAAACCUUAAAUUCAAAGACGAUCCGUUCGCAGUUGUUGCUGAAUCAAUAGAUAUUUAUGAAAGAGGGUACUCUAUUCCUGUCAGUAAAAUUUAUUCUCACAAAUCAAUAAAAUCUCUAAAAUCAUUGCGUUUCGAUAUAGCCGUACUAAAGCUGAAAAACAGUUUUAGUGUCGGUGGAAAAGCAUACAAUAGACUAGCGUUAUUACCAAAGAAAAAUGAAACAUACUCUGAUGAAUUUCUGACAAUCAUGGGUUUUGGACAUGAUGGUGUUAAUGAAACCGUUGAUACUAAAACAAAUAUGAUACAUUACGUUUUCACGAACAGUGGGAAACUAAAGUUUGCAACUGUUAAACUCAAGAAUUUGGAUGAUUGCGAAGGUUUGCCAGAUCGACUCUGUGGCAACGUGGAACAAGGCUUAGAUAGUAAAAAUAGAACAGCUUGUUUUGGUGACAGUGGAAGUCCUCUCAUGUACAAAAAUACAGUUAUUGGAGUUAUAAGUUAUGUAACUACUGAACUAUGCAACACAAAUCAAGAGAUUGGAUUUGCCAGAGUUUCGUACUUCUUAGAUUUUAUUAAAGGAGCCGUAAAUGAUCAACCAACAAAUGAUACGUUGGUUCAGUUGACAGAUGACUACGAACUCAUUGAGAUUCAAGGGCAAAAGUCUGGAAUAACUACAAAAUCACGUAAACUUAUAGAUGCAUUAAAAAAAUAUAAUGAACUUUUUUCUAAACAUGUAUCUACGGAUAAAGAGUGCACAAGAUUAUCAAACAUAGAUAAUCGUGAUGAUAAUGAGGAAAACAACUUUAAGCUCAAGUGUGAGGAAGCUGAAAAUAUAUUCAAAGAAUAUGAAGCUAUGCGCACAACGAAAAAUGAACUGUUAAAAUCAGAACCGUAUUGCCUCAAAUCGUAA